AUGUAUUCCAGCCUACAGCCAGAGCUGAGAGGUGCUCAAAGAAUCUUGCGGUCAAUCUCGUACCGAUCACCUCCCACAUCGCGCCUCGUCGUUCGAUCCUUCAACAGUUAUACGCGAUUACAAGCCAAAUCGAAUCCAGCUUCAAGCCCUGACAACACUCAAGGCACAUCGAAAGGAUGGCCUUCGUGGAUUCCUAGAGGUCCAUGGUUUCCCAAGCCUGAGCAAGAGAACGCACCUGUCGCAAACGAUGGAAAGUCUGCUCGGGGGAGGUACUGGCCGGCCCUGUCUGAGCAAGAACUGCAAGCCAUCGCAGCAUUGCAGCAGGAUAACAAGCCUGCUGACAGCAAGCCACCGGCAGGGUUUACAUGGAUCGAACAUGUGAAAGACCUUCCCACUCACUUGAAAGACCGCUCCGAGAAACCUCAAGAUCGACUUUCAAAUCAAGACCUUUAUCCAUUUUUCUAUUCCGAAAACCCUCAGCAUCAUAUGCACCAUGAGCCAGUUCCUAUGGUAGAGAUCGCUCAUCAAUGGGCAUAUUCACCCAAGCAACCUUCGAAAGAUGUGAGUGACGACGAUAGUAAACCGCAAGAGUCCAAACAUCAUGGUUCAUGGCAGAAGAGGCGUAGGAGAGCCCACGAACAAAAGCUGGCUCCAAAGAAAGAGGGUGUUCCCAAAUGGUUUUAUAGCAGCAAUAUCGUCCUCUCCGAACCUAGAGCUAAUGCGACCGUCGAUGCAAUUACCACAACCCAGCCAGCAGAUGGGAUCUCUACUUCCGAUGUAACGAGCCUAGACCAACCUCAAGAGCAAGUUCAGAAGCCCGUUCAAGAAUCUACAAAGGCUGAAACUGACGAGAAGAAACGUUCUUUGGCCAAAGGCAGAGAGCCUCCUCCACGUCCCGACAGUCCAAAGCCCACGCCUAUUGUUCCCACAUCCUAUAUAACGAACACAAAAUCGUUAUCUAACGAUCGCUACUUCAUUGAGGCCGCUCAGUACGAAGAGCUCGUAAACACUUUCAAGGGACGCUUCUCGUCUCCAGCGAAGUCUUCCAAGGACCGCAACAAAGCCUUCGCCAUGAAUCACCUCACCAUAUUACACGGCGCACCUGAUUCCGAACUAUUACUUAAUGCUCUUGUCCUUGAUCUAUGCAGUACUGUCGGAGCUGAUCGUGUCCGCCUAGACGCACAGGACAUCUCGGAGCUUAUGGCUGGGGCCGAAGUUGACCCAGAGAUCAAGGAGUCUGGGGGCCGUCUGAGCUUCAGAUUGUAUAAAGAUCUAUAUGGUUCUUCCGAUACUCAGGACUUCAUGUUCCCGCGACGUGAAGACGAGGAUGGCGACGAGGAGGAUGACGAUGGAGAUUCAGGGCCUCCAAGCAUCGAAAUACCUAUCGGCUCUUUCGUAUCAGCCUCAGGUCGAAAAGGACCAUUUGCUGGCAUAUUUGAAUCACUAGAUCGUAUGGGUGGACCUAUGCGAAAUCGCAAUCGAUCCAUGGGCGAUGGGCCACAAUUCAUGAAAUUGGAUACGGACCAGAGAGCAGGUGGCAUGUUCGACUCGAUAGUACAGUCUAUACUCUCCUCAAGUACACAAGCACAGAAGAUGAGAGAGCCCCAGAAAAAAAGAAACGAUACCGACGAUCAGCAGCAAAAGCACCAACCUGAAGAGGAAGAUCUCUCUACUCAAAGACCACUUGUCGUCCAUUUCGAGAACUAUAGGCUACUUCAGCAACACCAGAUGGCCGAAGCUUUCAUGGGCGAGUUGUUGAUUGCUGCCGACAAACGAAGAGCCCAAGGCCAGCCUAUCAUGAUUAUCGGUACCGACUCGUUAAGAUCCGACUUCCACAAAUCGAGCUCACCUCGCAGUAUCCUCGAUGUACAGGAAAACAAAUCCUAUGGUGUUUCGACCGCGAUCAUAUUGACACCUGUCUUUCCUACGCGAGAGGCCGAAGUAGCUCUGAGUGGUGAGGACCGCAAAGCUCGCAUAAGGACCGUGAAUGCUCGACAUCUACACCAAGUGCUUAAGAGCAGAGGCGUCCUUCUACAUGGACUAGAAGAUGGUUUCUGGAAUACAGACUUUAGACAAGAAAUGGGUGAACGUGACUUUGAGGCCUUGUCAGGGCAGUAUUGGCCUUUCGUCCAGGUUCAAAGGAUAGCUGCACUUAUCGCUGGCAUGCAAUCUGCCACGCCUAUCGAAGACGCCUGUCAGAUUCUGAUAGCAAGUGAUGAGAGCAAGGUCGCAUGGGCACAACGCAAUCAGCCAGAUAUUGUAAGGCAGGAACAGAAAGAAGCAGAGAAGGAACGAGAAAGACAAGACAGCAAACCCGCUCGACGUUUUCGCUUUUCUACGACUCGACACGAGAAGAAGUUGCUAAGUGGCGUGGUAGAGCCAAACAAGAUAUCGACUACUUUUAGUGAUAUUCAUAUACCUGCUGACACAGUUGAAGCUUUAAAGAUGCUCACUACACUUUCCCUGCAACGACCGGAAGCAUUCAGCUAUGGUGUUCUCAAGUCUGAUCGUAUACCUGGUCUGCUACUCUACGGCCCACCAGGAACUGGUAAGACUCUAGCUGCAAAAGCUGUCGCAAAGGAAUCUGGCGCCACCAUGCUGGAAGUUUCCGCUGCAGAUCUGAACGACAUGUAUGUUGGCGAAGGUGAGAAGAAUGUACAAGCCCUCUUCUCACUCGCUCGAAAACUCAGUCCUUGCGUCGUCUUCCUCGACGAAGCGGACGCCAUGUUCUCAGCUCGUUCAACGGGCAAGCGAGCGUCACAUCGCGAAAUCCUCAAUCAGUUCCUGAAAGAAUGGGACGGCAUGUCCAACGAUAGCGGUAGCGCUUUCCUGAUGGUGGCCACGAAUCGACCAAUGGAUCUCGACGAUGCAGUCCUUCGUCGUCUUCCUCGCCGCUUGCUCGUGGACCUACCAACCGAACAGGACAGACUGAAGAUCCUGCAAAUCCACCUCCGAAACGAGGAGCUCGAUAGCAACGUUGACCUCGCAGAUCUUGCCAAGAAAACACCUUUCUACUCCGGCUCUGACCUGAAAAACGUCGCCGUCGCAGCAGCUCUCAACGCAGUUCGCGAAGAAAACGAAGCCGCUGCGACAUUCCGUGCAGCCCAAGCAUCGAAACCCGAAGACGAGCAGGAAGAAUACAAAUAUCCCGAGAAGAGAGUGUUGACAGCCAACCAUUUCGAAAAGGCACUUGAGGAGAUUGGAGCUAGUAUCAGUCAAGAUAUGAGCAGUUUGAGGGAGAUCAAGAAGUUUGAUGAGCAGUAUGGUGAUAGAAAGGGCAGGAAGAGGAAGGCGCCGAAGUGGGGGUUUAAGAGUGCAAAGGAGGCGGAUCAGGUGCUUGAUACUGUCAAGGUUAGGAAUUAG